AUUUGCGACGGGUCAUUUUUAGAGGUUCUUGAAAAAUUAACAAGUAAAUCAUACAAAUCAAAGAAAACUUUGAAAGUCACCAAUUAAGAGUUGUAAAUCUAUUAAAAAUAAUACAUUAUUAAAAGUAAGCCUGCAAAAAUUAAUAUUCAAAUAAUGACUGGAAGAGGAGGUAGAGGGGGAGGAGGAGGACGAGGUGGCCGGGGUGGUGGAGGACGAGGUGGUCGAGGUGGCCGAGGUCGUGGUGGCCGAGCUGGAGACGUAGAGCUUCCCCCUGGAGUACAACAAUCGGAAGAACAAUCGCUCCAAAUAACUCAGCCACCACCAAAUUUUCCUCCUAUAGAGCACAAAGCACCAAAAUUGCAAAUAACAGACGAGUGGCCAUAUCUCUUUGAACUCAAACGUGACUACGCAGAAAGUCUCUUUGAGUCAAGACACAACGUCGACGUUAAUAAGAAAAAGGACAUUGAUCGCUGGUCGGAUCGUUUGGCCGCGGAAAUGGUCACCAAGUCUCGGUAUGAUAAAUUCUGCGAUUGGACGGUCAUGCCCGUGGAGCUGAAACCUAGAGGAGAGAAGCGCAAAAGAAAGACAGCGACCAACCGAUCCAAGAAGAACAAGGAAGUCGAUGUACUCGCCAAACUCGCCAAACUAGAAGAAGCCGAAGGAAAGACGGAUAAGGAUCCAGAUGACUUGGAAGAGGAAGAGAAGAGCAGUGAUGAGGAAGAAACCGAGGACAAAGACCCCGAGGAGGAUCUUGAGGAAGAUGAGGAAAUGGACGAAGGAACCGACUAUGCAAAUAAUUACUUCAAAAAUGGCGAGGAGGACGAAGAAGAAGACGAUGUCUACGAAGAGGGUGGUGUUUUUUAAUAAAUAAAAAUAUUUAUCUUGUAAGUUUGUUAAAUAAUUAUCGGUCUCAUUUAAAGUUUUGUUAAAAUUAAAUUUAAUUACUCUGUAUUAUUGAUCAUGCAGGCUUUUGUAUUUGUAAUUAUUAAUUACUAGUUAUAUUAAUUACGAAUUAUGAAUUUAUUAUUUUAAUUUCUAAUUAUAUAAAUAAUAUCAUUAAAGUUUAAGUGAAAAUAAAAUAAAAUUAAAAUUAUUAAUUAAAAGGAUACUUUGCUAAUUAUCAAUUGAUAUAAAUUAUUUCGAGUCACAGGAAGCGUCGGCGUUUUUUUAUUACGAGUAUUUCAAUUUCUAGUAAUUCAUAAUAAUAUAUAAUAUUAAUAAUAUAUAUAUAUAUAUUUAUAUAAUAUAUAUAGCCAUAAUCAUUUGUUUAUUUUUUUUUUAUCAUUCAAUAUAUAUAUUAAUAUUUAAAUAAAAUCCACCAUUAAAUAUAAAUUUUAGUUUAUAUAUACUUAAUAAUUAAUAAUUCAACUAGAGUUUAAAAACAAAGACGCGAAUGUAAUAUAAUUAAUAAUUAUAAUAAUAAUAAAAUAAAUUAUUUUCAUUCGUGCCUUUCUUAAUUAAACAAUAUCUUAAUUAUCUUUUUUUGUAUAAUUAUAAUUGUAAUUAUUAAUAUUAAUCACCUAAAAAGCUUUGUAACUUAACAAUUAGGAUAAAAUUAUCAGGAUAAACUCCAGUCUUUACAAUUAUCAACUAACACUCAAGUAAAUUAAUUAGAUUUUUUUUUCAGCAAACAAAUUAAAAGUAAAAUAAAAAUUCACAACAAUCACAUGCGUUACAGUUUACGUUACUCAUUAAUUACGCGAUCAAUGCCUUAUUUUUUUUUUAUUUUUAUUUAAUUACUUUUUAUAAUCAACGAUAACGCGAGAAAAAAUUGUAUAAAACGUAAUUACUGCAAAAUAACAGACUCAGUCAUGUCAAUUAUUUUGGUAUUUUUGUUUUAUUAUAAUAAUUAUUUUCUAUUAUCCAUCCGUAUACUGUUUUGCAAAAUAUGAGAAAGAUGUUUGUUGUUAAUUAAAUUUUAUUUUUAUUAUUUUAAUAAUAAAAGCUUUGAUUAACAUCAAUUACAUAAUAAUUACCCUGCAAAACUAAUUGAUAAGGCAACACCAGAGGCCAAUAAUUAAAAUUUUCUCACCUUCUUAUCUUUCACUUUGUCUUAUCACCACUCUCAUUACAUUAAAUACAAUUAUAAUUAAUUAUAAAUACAUGAUUAAAUAUACGCGCAUUUUUGAGUUAAUAAAUAAUAAAUAUAAUUAAUAAUAAUUAUAAAUAAUAAUUUCGCAUAAUGAGUUACAAAUUCGUUGUAUCUCCGAUCUUAAACUCUGCAAUUGUAUAUAAACAUUAAAUCAACAAUAAAUUUUAUUUAUCAUUAAUUAUUAAUUGUUAAUUAUAAAUAUUAAUUUCUCGUAUUUUAGCAAAACAGUACUAUACGGUAUUAAACCAUUUAAUUGCAUAAAAUUUCCAUAACCAUUUUUAAUUAUUAGCUUUCAUCGUGUUUUUAACCUUUAAUCAUUCAUUUAAUUGUUUAUAUUGUAUAAUUAUCGUUAUUAUAUGAUCUAUCUAUUUAUAAUAGGCAUUACGGACUAAGGCGGGGAUGCAAAAUUAAAUCCCGGGUUGCCUUGAUCGCUUGGGCAUUAUCCACAACGAUUAUCUUACUCUUGUUAAUUAAUUAAUUAUUCAUUAGUUUAACUUUUUCAUUUUUAUUUUUUAAUAUCAUUAUUAAGUAUUUAGUUUUUAUUAUUAAUAUAAUAUAUUUUUCCCUCAUCCUACUUGACCCUCUCUCUCCUGCAGCAUACCACUACUCUACUCCGUAAUCCCUUGUACAAAUAACACCGAAUCUGGGAUUGUCUCACUGUUAAUAUAAUUGAUUUAUCGUUCCUAGAAGCUCAUUUUUUAAAACAAUCAGUUCUUACUCGAUAGUUCGUAUUCGUUAAAUUUAAACAAAAAAAUAUAUG